ACGCUCACCACUCGGGAACGUGCUGGCAACCGUGCAGAACAGCCGACUAGGACUGCACAAUGGAGAAGGCCUUGCCAGUGCCGAGCCUCUCUCAGCGGUCUGGCGAUAGGUCCGGAACACAUAAUUACACCUCAAGAAGGGUUGUACGAGGACUGCUUAUAUUGCUUGCAUUGCUGUUGGUCUCCACACGGGUGCCGACUCUGUACACCGCGCUCCGUCCUCUGCCGCCUCAUGCUACCACUGCCCUCUCGCGCUGCCGCUCUCUCAGUCUUACACCGGGGCCAUCUGCGGACUUCCACAGACGCAAGGAAUCGGACAGGUUUAACGCAAAAAUAUGGACCGGAGCGGAGAACGGCACCCAAGUCAUCCGAGCGGACAUCUUACUGGACAAGGGCAUCAUCAAGAACAUUGGGCACGUCGGACAUUCGCAGCUGACGGGGUAUACGGAUAUUGUGACUGUUGAUUUGAAAGGUGCCUGGGUCACUCCGGGAAUUGUCGACCUUCAUUCACAUCUGGGUGUCUCGUCCGCGCCGCACCUUCGAGGUGCUUCGGACGGAAAUUCACGGCAUGGUCCUGUGCUGCCCUGGCUUCGUGCUCUUGACGGGCUGAAUACGCACGACGCUGGUUACGAGUUGUCCGUUGCAGGAGGAGUGACUACCGCGCUUGUCCUACCAGGAUCGGCGAACGCCAUUGGUGGUCAGGGUUUCACUAUCAAGCUGAGAAAGACUGCAGAACGGACUCCGACCUCCAUGCUCCUUGAACCACCAUACCAGAUCAAUUCCUCGUUUGCGGAUUACAACGAGCCACUGAGAUGGCGUCAAAUGAAGGUCUAUGGUGCCACUCGUAUGGAUAUUAUCUGGGCAUUCCGAGACGCUUACAACACAGCCCGAAAGAUCAAGGAGUCACAGGACGCCUACUGUGUGGACGCAUUUGCCGGCAACUGGGACGCCUUGAAAGACAAGUCUUACCCGGAAGACCUUCAAUGGGAGGCGCUCGUUGAUGUCCUGCGCGGCAGAGUCAAAGUGCAAGUUCAUUGCUAUGAGACAGUCGACAUAGAUGAUCUUGUCAGGAUCUCCAACGAAUUCCAGUUCCCAAUUGCUGCUUUCCAUCAUGCUCACGAAGCGUACCUGGUGCCCGACACACUCAAGAAGGCUUACGACCAUCCUCCUGCCAUUGCCAUGUUUGCUACACACUCACGCUACAAGCGCGAGUCGUACCGUGGUUCAGAGUUUGCUCCUCGCAUCCUGGCUGAACAUGGGAUACCGGUCGUGAUGAAGAGCGAUCACCCCGUAACGGACUCGAGGUAUCUCCUGUAUCAGGCGCAACUAGCCUACGUGUAUGGACUCCCUGAGAACUUGGCCCUCGCUUCCGUCACCAGUACCCCAGCGGCAGUGAUGGGUAUGGACCACAGGAUCGGUUACGUCAAGAAAGAUCUGGUUGUAUGGGACAGCCAUCCUCUUGCGCUCGGAGCAACGCCGAAGCAGGUGUUCAUUGACGGCAUCCCCCAGUUGGAGUCACCGCACGUCGUACCCAAACCAGCCUCGUUCCAGCGUACCCCAAAGGUGCCGAAUUUCGACAAGGAAGCUGCGGACGCGGUGAAGUACGAAGGGCUCCCUCCCCUCGCGUCUAGCAAAUCUUCCCCCAGCUCAAUCAUCUUCACGGACGUGAAGAGCGUCUUCAUGCGCGCUGGUGGUGCUGUCCGUGAGGUGUGCACAGCGCAGGACGCGGAGCUGGGCGCAGUAAUUGUGGAGAAUGGGGCCGUUACGUGCUCGGGCACGUACGCAUCCUGCGUAACGCCCAACUUACUCGCGCACGCGGAGAUCGUCAAUAUCGGCGCGGAACCGUCGACAAUGGAUGGAUACGUCUUCGAUCCGCUGGUACAGAAGGUGCCUGCGAUACUGGGCGGGGAUGGUGCCGUCAUUCGCGCUGUCGAUGGCUUGACCUUUGGCACGCGACAUGCACUGCUCGCAUAUCGUGCAGGGGUCACCAAGGGGAUCACGGCGCCUGCUCACAGAGGUUUCUACGCUGGUCUUGGCACGUCCUUCUUCACGGGGGCAUUGAACAGACUCGAAGACGGCGCGGUUGUUCAGGAGGUGACGGCAGUACAUGUUACAGUGAGGCCCAAUCUUGCGGUGGGUGGUCCAAGCGUCAGCACACAAAUAGCCACGUUACGGAGGAUGCUGCUUCGUCCUGUCGACGGCGACGCAGGAGAGUGGUUCGAAGGCGUCGGCGAGGGUCGUGUGACCCUAGUAGUCCACACAGACAGUGCAGAUAUCAUAGCGACGCUGAUCCUACUCAAGAGGGAGGUGGAAGAGGCGUAUGGCAGCUCGGUGAAGAUGACCAUCACCGGUGCUCUGGAGGCACAUUUGCUCGCCAAGGAGAUAGCGGAGGCUGGCGUAGGUAUUAUCCAGGUUACUUCUCAGCCAUUCCCGGCAUUGUGGGAGAUGCGACGAAUUUUGCCUGGACUGCCACUCACUGAACAGAGCUCCAUUGCUGUUCUCCUGGCACACAACGUCACAGUAGGCGUCGGUACGCUGAAUCCGUACGAUGCGCGCAACCUUCCGUUUGAAGUCGCCUGGCUUGCGCUCGAUGCUGGAGGGGAAAUCUCAAAGGAAGAUGCGCUUGCCCUUGGCUCGACGAAUGUGGAGGUGCUCUUGGGUGGGGACGUUGAAACCGACGGUCUCCAUGAUUUGGUCGUCACUGAAGGAGGCGACAUUCUGGACAUGCAGAGCAAAGUCAUUGCGAUCAUCUCGCCAACACGCCAACUCGUAGAAAUAUUCUAGAAGGGCGUUCCCCUGGUUGCGCAUGCAGAUUGAAGACCUACUGUAUCAUGUCGAGUAACUUAACGACGUUUUGUUUGUUCAUCCGACUGGUUUACCUAGUUCACAGGUGUAUUUUUUCUUCACUGAUUUGGUUCGGGC